ACAUGUUACGUCACUAACAUGCGCCGAGGAGAGCAGAAAGGAGAUUUGGGAAAAUCACCUAAGAAGUCGGGAGAGGAAGUCAUCAUCCCGCAUUUAAAUGCUGCCUUUUUUGUUAACAUCUGAAGCGAAUUCGGCAUGCGUGGCUGAGCUAGACACAAUAAUGUAAGCCCGGAUCGGCUGCUCUGCGUAUUUUUCCCGUGCAUUUUUGCAGCCGGGUGGUUUUAACGAAGCCGCCGCUAGCAGCUGUCAGACACAUUACAGCCACGAACUGCAGGACACACUGCUGACUGUGUUGUUAGCAGCACCGCAGCUAGCUAACGGGAGCCGGAGACAAAUGAAACCCUGUCUGAGUGAAGCUGCUCCGGGGCCCGAGUCGACCACAAGCCACUUGCUGUUACCUCAAAGUUAAAACCAAGUUGGCUAUACCAGAAAAAACUCGGUCUGCUGUUCGAGAAACCGACACCAGCUCCGUGAGGCAGGAAUUUACCUCUUACUUGGGCUCAUCAGAGGGAGGAGAAGCUCUUUGCAGGCAUCCCAUCAACUGAUUGUUAAACUUCAUCUAUUAUGCCUUCUGUUAGAAUCGUGCUUUUGUAAAUGUGGUAGCCAUGGCUUCUCGCAGGGUAGACGAGCUAUCAAGUGACUCCAAGGAUUCACCUUCAACAGCUGAACAGCUUUCCCGACGUAGCCCUGAAAACGCCGCAGAGGAGCUUCAGCCCGAUACGAUGAAUGUGACAGUGAAAUCUCAAAAAUCUGGAAAAUUCAGGAGGACUGCUCUGACGUUUUUUGGCGUUCGCAAAGGUAUCUGUAUUCUGCCAAGCUUUUUUGGAGGGAGGAGUAAAAAUCAGAGCAAGUGGUCCUCCAAGAAAGGAAUCAGCAAAAGCAGAACACACGAUGGGUUAAGUAAAGUUAGUCAUGACGACAAUCUGAGAAGCGGGUACGCCUCCGCUGGAGACUUUGAGUACCGCGGCCAGAAGGACGCUGCUGGAGAGCUCCACAGUUGCUGUCACAAUGAAUGUAGUCACCCCACUGCUGACCAGAAAUCACUGACUCUUGGUCGGCAGAGAAAGGGUUUGAGGAGUCUUUUUCACAGUUUUAAGCAUCAUAGAAACCAUCGAAAUGUUGGACUGGAUAAGACUGAAAUGAUUGCAAUGUCCUCUCAUCAUUGCAAGAAAGAGGUGCCUGUUGUCAAGGACAACACCAAGCAGUAUGUCACCGAGUGCCUGGCAUCCGAACCUGACGUGCCUGAUUUUGCAGAUGUUAUAUGUGAUAUUUCCAUUGGUCCUGAAUGUAGUGAUGCGGAUGCAUUAGAGAAGAGUGUGGAGAAAGAAAGUCCAAAAUCUGAGCUUGAUGAUCAGGUGUGUGAUGAUCAACUGGAGGAAAUGAAUUUGAUGGCUGUAGUUUCCAGUGAAUACGAGGAGCCUUCCAGAGGACACAGUGAGCCUUGUUUGAAACUUCACAUGAUGUCUGAUCCUGUAUUGAAGUCUGAAACACCUGCAGGUUCAUCAGAUCAGCUGAACUUGAUGUUUGGAGACGUCGCCUCAUUAAAGAGCUUUGACUCCCUCACUGGCUGUGGGGACAUUAUCGCUGAUCAAGAAGAUGACAGCAUCACAGAGAGCACCGUUUCCGGCGAAAGGAGCAGAAAUGGAGGAAAAAGGGCCUCCUGUUAUCUUACUUAUCAGGGUGGUGGUGAAGAAAUGGCCUCACCUGAAGAUUUAGAUGAAACUUGUCUUCAGGAUUUCUGGGAAAAUAACGCUUCAGAGGAAAUCUGCUGCACUUGCAAUCAAGACCACACAGACAUGACUGCAGAGCUGACAAGUUCUCACAAUAUGGACUUAAUGAACAGCAGCAGUGCACAGCAGGCCGGUGGCAUGGACACUUCUUCAAUUGCUGAUGUCUUAACUCCUCAAAGUGAGCACCAAGAAUCAGUUCCAAACAGUGACGAGGGCUACUAUGAUUCUACAACCCCGGGGCCAGAGGAAGGGCAAGAGAAAACAGACAGAUUAAGGACAGGCAGAUUACCCAGGGACAGUUACAGCGGUGAUGCCCUCUAUGAGCUUUUUGCACCUGAUGAGAGUCUCAUCAGUCCACAUUAUGAAAACAAAGCAACACUUCCCAGUUCAAAGCAGUGUGACUAUUUAAGUGAGCCAGUUGACGUGAGUGAUUCUGCAUUUGUUCCGGAAAUGAAUCGAUUGCAAAUAAGUGCUGAGUUGUAUGACGUUCAUGAUUUCCGAGAGAGGCCAAGCACAUGCAGUAAAUCCUCCGAGUUGGCACAAAAUGUGACGGGUCGGCAGGAAAUUGGUGUGAAUAUAAACUGUAAUUUGAAUUUAAAACCCCAAGCAGCAGUCAACAUGAACAAUGUAGAGCCAGAUAUAUGUGAUGAAAAGGGAGAUGUGCUUGGUUCCACUGAAAAACGAACAAAACCCAUGAAUGCUGAGUGUGAGAAACGGCACAGCAGCUUAUCAUUUGGGAGCACAUCUGAUCCAGACUUUGAAACAUUCUGUGAACCCAAAGAGGAACAUCUUGAGGAAAACAAGCCUGUGGCUUUACCGUACAAAAAUAUCAGUUCUCAGUCACAAGACUGUAACAGUGACUUGGAUGAUGGGCAAACUGUGUGUUUCUCACAAGCACUCGUUGACUACACAAAACACACUCAGAUGCUGAGUAACUUGCACAACAGUGUGGACGAUUUGGAGACGAACUCUGCCUUCACUCCAAACAUGGAGGCCUUACCCACUAUAGUCACAUUUGAUGUAGUGGAUAUGCAUAAUGAGGGUGAAUAUGAUGAGCAGAUUCACAUGGAGCUGGAGGAGGACAUUUCAUCACCUUAUCAGGAAUUUGAAGAAAGCUAUCUACAAAAAGAUGCAUUCGCAGAAUGUGAUUAUCAAAUGUUAGAUCUGUAUGAACAGAACCUGAUCAGUAACACAUGGGCGGUUGCUAGUCUCCCACGGCACCUAGGUCUUACAAGAGUCAGUCAGUCCAUGCCUAAUCCAUUGUCUCUAGACAGGAGAAGUAGGUCUCUGGACACAGAAAGCCUUGAAUUGAAAAUGCCUGACACAUACCGAGAGAAUAGAGCUGCUAUCGUUUCUUGUCCUCAAACUGAAAAGGACUCAGAGAGAGAUUCCUUACCAUAUUAUCAAAAGAAUGUCGUCGUGUCUGCAUCAGAGCUUAGAGACAGUAACAGCAUUAUGGCCUCAUCAUGGCAAACAAGGUCAGACAUGGCUUUAAACCUUCCUCUGACAGAUGGGGAAAUCACUGAAAACGUACAGAGUCUCAGUCAAACCCAAGUAAAACACAAAAUGUUUUGUGGCUCAUCGAGCAGUGAUUUUCCUACUGGUCAAUCACAGCGUCUUUGCUCUAAUGUGUCUGACAGAGUGUCUUGUGAUUUGAUUUCACAGAAUGCAGAGCUGUACAAUAGACAGUGUCACCUUCCCGUGCAGUCAGAUUCAUGUUUACCUCAUAGCACCUUUGUUUAUUCUGGAAUGAUGGAGGAGGUAUCUGAUGAUGCUGACACUGAUGGUUUUUGUAAGGCUGCCACUGAUUUGCAAUCCUAUAAUCAGUGUGGAAAAGGCAGGCCUGUGCCUAGCAGGGAAGGUGCAUCCCAUACAGGGAGUCCUCUGAACACAGGGGUGUCUAAAGAGGAAAUGACCAUCCUCAGUGAAACAAGACCACCCACAGAAGUGGUUUGCCCCGUGGCCUGUAACAAUCUUCCUGAGGCAACUUUUAAUUGAAAUCUGUCGUAAUGUUGAGAAGAUCAUGUCUUUGUGCCAAUGAGUGCUUUUCGUUCACCCAAAGGAGUAAUUGUUGCUUAAUUUUCACUUGCACAACUGAUUCCUUUGAAAUAUCGUACACUGUGAUAGAAAGUGGAACUGCAUUUUAAAUUAUUCAGAAGUGAAGUAUGUGACGACAUGUGUCAAGUACAAUGCUCGGAAACCAGAUAUUCUGUAUUUGCACGGAACAGCUGCUUACUUCACACAGGUCACAUAGAUGUUCAUCCAUCAAAGGUGUUUAAGAGAGUAAUUGUUUCAUUUGCAGUGGAAAUGCUCACACAUUCAUCUCAUUAAGCUAUCUGAAUUUUACUAGAAUGUUUCUACCCACGCGUAGCCUCGAUAUCCAGGUCUCAUCAGUAAUGCCACACUUUGUUUAGUUGGUAUUCAUCAGCCUGGUUUCCAUUGUAUAGCCAAACAAGGCUGACCCAGUCCUGCUUACUUUGCCAAUUGCCUCUAAACACAUGAAUGCUCAUGCUUUAAAUACCGGCUUGUGUUUGUGUUUACAGCUUUUGAACAGCCUCUCUUUGCUCCAGUCAGGUUUAUGUUCGCCUGUCAUGAUGCUCAUUGUAACAGUUUUAUUGUUAUACCUAAGUUCAAGCUGGACUGGGUUUAAAAAACAACAACAAGGGAGUAUUUGAGAGGGUUGUAUCUUAAUUCAUGUAGAAUCAACAAUGUAUGACAUGUUUCUUGACAUCUUUAUGGGGUAUAUUUGAAAUGCAUUUAGCUGUUACAAUUUAUGGCUUAAUGCCCACAUAUCUAACUGCCAGUUCUCCCCACUAACCCAGAACCGCAGGUAUAGAAAAUGUACAGAUGGACUGAUAGCUCUUGCAUUUUCAUUUCAGCUGCUCUUUCAUUUACAUACUGUAGAUAGCUUUGCAAGGCAAAGCUCCUUUAUCUGUGAAACACAGUUCGCACGCAGAUACCCUGUGUGUGAAAACGUUUUACAUAAGACUUGAGGAAACCUCUUCGAAGAAGUGAAAUAUCUAUUAAAUGGUCAAGGGAACCAAACUGAAGAAAAACGCUAGGAGUAUAGAGGACUCUCAGGCUUGCUGUGUUUUCUUCUGGCAUCUCCUGACAAACCAAUCUGGCCUUUUCUGUCUUAGGUUUUUUUUUUUUUUGUCUCAUUUUCCAACCACCACCUGUGAAGUGCAAAAUUCUUACUGAGAUGAUGCACUCUGUAGUUGCAUUACUGUAAGCUUGCAGAAUGAACAAGUAGUUUGAUUUUGUUUGGAUUUGAAAUGAUACAUCAAAAGAUAAACUUGGAAUUUUCACCUUGUAUCAAUAUCUUGUGAAUAUAAUGUUUCUUCAUAGGUUGAACGGUCAGAUGAUGUAGUUUUUAUAGCGUAAUACUGAACAAAUGUCAAAGGAUUUGUAUUUAUAUUCGCAGCUAUUUGUACACUGUAACAUGUAUUCAGAAUGGUUAUCAAUAUUCUUUUUGUUUGAGUUCUCUUUUUUUUUUAUUGAGAAUUUUUAAAAAAUAGUUUCAGUUACAUCCAUGUUACACUAGCGGAUUCCUCUUGAAAAUCUGGUACUGUUUUGUCUCAGUAGAACACUGCCUUACACAAAAAUAAACAUAACAAGACAUCAUA